AUGACUUAAUAGGGAAUUUACGACGGCGGGAGCAUUUGGAGGAGGAACUGCGGGGAAGCGAGGUACUACUACCUGGAGCAGCUGCGAGGAGGUGGGCUUUCUUGCUCCUCUCCGCCCUUCCCCGGAGCGAGCGGGCCCCGGGCUGGGCCGGAGAAUCAGCCGGAGUCGAGGAGGAGCCACCCUCUCCUUCCCCGCUAGGCCGAGCAGCCAAUAAGGCGCCAGGGGCCGGCAUUCAGUUCCUCCUUCCCGGGGAGAGCGGAGCCCGACGCUGAGUGUGCUGGUGGAGCAGGGGAAACAAGCGGCGGCGCAGAAAGUCUUCGGGCGCCCGAGUAGCCCGCAGCGCCGAGAGGCGAAGGGCGGCAGUGGCCGAGCGCAGCGCCUGACUGCCCGGCCGCCCUACUCACAGCUCCGCCGCAGCGCGCGUAAAGAAGCCUGAAGCGCGGCUGGAGGCGGAGGAAGGAGAGAUCGAGAUCCCCUAUUAGCCGGACUUGCAGCAUUUCUCGGGGCUCCGAGGAAGCAGCCGCAAUGCCGCUUGCCCAGCUGGGAGCGGAACCUUGGCCCGACAUGGAGCUGGUGGACAUGGAGCUGGACGCAGAGAAUGGACAAGCUGCUCCAGAAGGAAAAAAGGGAGCUCUGCUGAAGGCAAAACGGAACACCACUUGGAUAGAGAGAGACAAUGUGAACACAGCAGAUAAGAAUGAAGGCUCUGUCCAAGAAUAUACCAUCACAUACCUUGUGAAAGAGGGGUCUGAGAAGGCCGAUCCAUCACAGUUUGAGCUUCUUAAAGUCCUGGGACAGGGUUCGUUUGGCAAAGUUUUCCUCGUAAGAAAAGUCACCCCACCGGACAAUGGCCACCUUUACGCCAUGAAGGUCCUAAAGAAAGCCACCCUGAAAGUGCGUGAUCGUGUAAGAACAAAAAUGGAAAGAGACAUUUUAGUAGAAGUCAACCACCCAUUCAUCGUGAAACUCCACUAUGCUUUCCAAACGGAAGGGAAGCUGUACCUCAUCCUCGACUUCCUCAGAGGAGGAGACCUCUUCAUGCGCCUUUCCAAAGAGGUAAUGUUCACAGAGGAAGACGUGAAAUUCUACCUUGCAGAGCUGGCACUUGGCCUCGGCCACUUGCACCGUUUGGGAAUCGUAUACCGGGACCUUAAACCAGAGAAUAUCCUUCUGGAUGACGAAGGCCAUAUCAAACUCACAGACUUUGGUCUGAGCAAGGAAGCCAUUGACCAUGAGAAGAAAGCCUACUCUUUCUGUGGGACAGUGGAGUACAUGGCGCCAGAAGUGGUGAAUCGCCAAGGCCACACCCAGAGCGCUGACUGGUGGUCGUAUGGGAUUUUAAUGUUUGAGAUGCUGACGGGGGCCCUGCCAUUCCAGGGGAAGGACCGGAAGGAGACAAUGACUCUCAUUCUCAAAGCAAAGCUGGGCAUGCCCCAGUUUCUGAGCUCUGAAGCACAGAGUCUCCUGCGAGCCCUUUUCAAGAGGAACCCAGCCAAUAGGUUAGGUUCUGGUUCAGAUGGUGUUGAGGAAAUAAAGCGCCACCCUUUCUAUUCCACUAUUGACUGGAAUAAACUCUUUCGCCGAGAAAUCAAGCCACCUUUCAAACCUGCCGUUGGCCAACCAGAUGAUACCUUUUAUUUUGACAAAGAGUUUACCUCACGAACGCCAAAAGACUCCCCUGGGAUUCCGCCUAGCGCAGGGGCCCAUCAGCUCUUCCGAGGGUUCAGCUUUGUGGCCACUGGGUUGAAUGAAGAUGAGAAGGCCAAAUCCCCACCAGUGCCUUUGCAUUCUAUGGUACAGCAACUGCAUGGUAAGAACCACCAGUUUAGUGACGGCUACGUGGUGAAGGAGGCCAUUGGCGUAGGUUCCUACUCGGUGUGCAAGCGCUGCAUUCACAAGGCAACGGGAACAGAGUACGCUGUCAAGGUGAUUGACAAGAGUAAGCAGGAUCCCUCAGAGGAGAUUGAGAUACUCCUACGGUAUGGACAACACCCAAAUAUCAUCACCUUGAAGGAUGUGUAUGACGAUGGCAAGCAUGUUUACCUGGUGACAGACUUAAUGAGAGGAGGGGAGCUGCUGGAUCGGAUCCUGAAGCAGAAGUGCUUCUCUGAAAGGGAGGCCAGCUCUGUCCUGCACACGAUCUGCAAGACUGUGGAAUAUCUUCACUCGCAAGGCGUGGUCCACAGAGACUUGAAACCUAGCAACAUCCUCUAUGUAGAUGAAUCUGGCAACCCAGAGUCUAUUCGCAUUUGUGACUUCGGCUUCGCCAAGCAGCUGAGGGCAGACAAUGGGCUCCUCAUGACCCCUUGCUAUACUGCCAAUUUUGUGGCUCCAGAGGUAUUGAAGCGACAAGGUUAUGAUGAAGCCUGUGAUAUCUGGAGUUUAGGGAUCCUCCUCUACACAAUGUUGGCAGGGUACACCCCAUUUGCAAAUGGGCCUGGCGACACCCCUGAGGAGAUCCUCAUGCGAAUAGGUGGGGGAAAGUUCUCUCUCAAAGGGGGGAAUUGGGACACAGUUUCGGACGCAGCCAAGGACCUGGUAUCGAAGAUGCUCCACGUUGAUCCUCAUCAGCGCCUGACAGCCAAGCAAGUCCUCCAGCACUUGUGGAUAACCCAGAAGGACAAGUUGCCCCAGAGCCAGUUAAAUCACCAGGAUGUACAGCUUGUAAAGGGCGCUAUGGCUGCCACGUACUCGGCACUGAAUAACUCAAAGCCAGGACCCCAGCUGAAACCCAUCGAGUUUUCCUUCUUGGCUCAGAGGCGAGUCAAGAAGCUCCCGUCUACCACACUGUGACAUGGGAAUGUUGGGCUCUCUCUCUCUCUCUCUCUCUCUCUCUCUCUCUCACACACACACACACACACACACACACACACACAUAGCCAGUGCUGCUUCCUUACUCUGCACAAGCUGCUCUGGAAAGGAGCCGGAAAAUAUCACCCCAGCUAGAAGUCCACUUUGAAGCACUUCCUCAAAUGCCAAGUGCCUUCAGGAAGACUAGCUCUUGCUACCCCUGUGGAUUUCCUUUUUUGUUGUUGUUUUAAGUGUACAGAGAGACUAUUUGUAAAGGGAUCUAUAUAGGUGAAUGACAGAAUUUGAACUUUCAGCAGUCCGUGGCGUGGUGCUAGUGACACAUGCAAUCUCCUCCACUUGCAAAAAAAGGCGCCUUGGCCAAGUUGAUGCCCCUGCAAAGCAAACCUGGUACAGCUGGAACAGCAUUCGCUCCUCCCCUCUCACCAAGGUCACUCUAAUGGGGUGGCUUGUUUGUUCUUAGGAUCCCCUCUGUUUGUGCAGACUCUCUCUCUCUCUUUUACAUAAUCUAUGAGUUAUUGUGUGCAUGAGCUUCUUGAACUUCAUGCUUCCUAUCCUCCAGGCCACGUGGCUGCUAUCCAAGAAGAUUUCAAACUUUCCUCUCUUCUUCUGUUCCCCCCCUUCCCCAUUUGGACAUCACAAUGUCAUGGACACUCUCCCACUUGCAGGGUUCUGGGAUUACUCCUUUUUCUAUAUCCUUGAAUCCAGUUGACUCCUAGACCUCUGCUGGAUUAUAUCUAGCUUUUGAACGUGCAAUGGGCUUGUAAGAAAACUUUUCCCACUGUGAAAAUAUCAUUUUUUAGGUGGGGGGUUGUCUUUGGUUUUUAAAAAUUCUCUAUCAAAUAGCACAAUCCAGAGCCUCAUGAUGCAAAGUGCAAAAAAAUCAGCUUCUUUUUUAUUAUUUAACUGAUUCUGUGGCUGGUAACUCAGGGUUUCUGUCCGAAUUUUCAAAUAAAACAUACCAUGCAGUUGAAGUUUUUUUACUGGUUGACUUCAUACUCCCCUGUCCAUCCUUGUUGCGCUGUAGGGUUUCUUCUACAUUGUACCUAGUUUAUUCCUUAUUGGUAAUAUUCUUGUAAUCCCAGUUUAUUGUUCCUGUGCAUGGUUUGCAUACUCUCAAUCUCCAGUAAUCAUAAUGUGUCAGAGAACGCCUGAGAGGGUAGUGUUUUCAUGUUGAUGUUGCUACCUAGAAUUUCUUGGAGAAUGUUUCAAAGAUCUCUUGCAGUUUAGUCUAAACUAAGCAUGGAGCAGGUUGCCAUGGGUGGCUAUUCCAUUCACUUUGAUUAAAAGGGCUUCACAGAACAGGAGAGCUUGAACCGUCCCAUACCUUGCCUGCCUGUGCUUGGUUGUGCUUUUUCGCACCUGGUUCACUUCUCACAUCAGUUCCACAAUAUAGGUGAAGACCCUCUCCCAUGUUCCAAAUACUCAUGCCUCCAAAACCAAUAGAAAUGUGGAACCCCUAUCCCCACAUCUUUAAGAGGAAGAAGGUUCAUAUGGGAGGAGAUAGUCUUUAUUAUCCUGGAUGCAAACCUUUUAGAGCAGGAAUGGGGAACCUCAGUCCCAGAGGCCAAAAACUGCCCUCCCUUUCCAGAUCUCUAAACUCUUCCCCAAGCUGUAGCCCCUCACUGGGCCUGCUCCUCACCCUCCUCAGUUGCUUUUGCCUGGCUGGAAUGUGUCCUUGAAUUCUGCUUGGACAGAGAUGGAGUGUGUGUGUGUGGAAACCUUUGACUUCUGCAUAGCUGGAAUAUAGCCGCCUAUACACUGGUAAGAAUCUCAUCUAUUUUCCCCAGCCACCAUUGCCUCUGGCCACACUGACAACUGUCAUGUGGUCCCUGGACUGGAAAAGGUUCCUUAUCUUGACUUGAAGCUUUCAAGGGAAGAACCGGCACCUUGAGCAAACUGGUGCCCAGGAGAGCUUUUUGGUCAAAUAAGAAUUGAAUGCUUCCAUUUGUUGCUUUCUCUUCACCUCGGGGGCUAAUAUAUAACAUGCUGCUGCUGCUGCACCUUGCAUCUUUUCUUGGCAGCUCUUCCUCGUAAAUAACAGUAUUAGGAGGACCCCACUCUUGUCCCUGAUUAACUCCCCAUAGAACAGACUGGUGAGCUCAUCUAAAUAAUAAAACAAUGCAGUGUC